AUGCGGGGGACGGAGCGUCCUGCGGAAACUUGUUUCCUGGGAAUGAAGGGCUUCGGGCGGCUACCCCGACUUUUAUACCCCUGGAGGUGGAACCCUACAUCGUAUGCUUCCGCCGAGGCUGCGUUCGUGCGCCGGGAAUCUUUAUCGCCGCAUAGGACACAUCCUGGACGAGAUAUUGCAGGACGGACGCAGGCACCGAGUCUCGGAUACAAGAUCUUCCGGCACGGCGACGAGCUCGACCCAGCCAAGCUGACGUUCGAGCCGCGGAAGGCUCACAAGGACGCGCUCAAGGUGCGAUACGGAGGGGACGCCGUCUACGUCCAGACCAACUCGUGUUGCCUGAAGACGCCGCUCGUGUACGACGGGGAGGUGCAGAAGACCGUGGAUCUCGAGAUGUUCGAGCAGCGCAGCGACAAGCACAAGGAGGUCGUACGCAAGCUCCGUGCCAUCGAGGAAGCCGCCGAAGCGUACCUGAAGACCCUGGACCCGUCCAGCGACGGGAGGCUGCUCAAGAGCGCCAUGCGCAACCUCCAGAGGAGCGCCAAGGGAUCGCAGCCCACCUUCCGAGCAUCCGGAGAGAACCUCACCGUAGAGGACAUCCAGUCCGCCGAAGACACGAACUACGUGGAGCCCGGCACGCCCAUCAUGGCCAUGCUCGAGCUGGCGGGGUUGAGACGGAACGCCGAGGGUCGAGGGGUCCUCUCGUGGGCGCUCUACCAGGUCAAGGUGCUCCAGGACCCGGAGAAGGGGGACGAAGCGCAUGGGCGCCCCCCCAAGGCGGAGUGGGGCGAGGAAGACCGGGACGGUGGCUACGUGGAGGACGCCGAGGCGCUGGAGGGCUUUCAGACGCUGCCCAACUCGACGACGCGGCCCGCCUCAGCGCCCCAGGAUUGGAACGCGUUCGCGCCCCAGAUCUCUCCCGAUCUCGCCGGGGUCAAGCUCCUGGACCCGAUCCAAUUCAUAGGUACCAGCACGUCGGGCGUCAAGAAGAACAACAGCCUCGAUAUCCGCCAAGCUAUCGUCAUACCGAAGCAGAGCUUUCCGUGGAACAACUCCAGCCUGCAGCCCACCGACUUCCGGAGGAACCAGUCGAUCGACACGAUCUGA